UGCACGAAGAAAUGCUCAAGAAGUCUGAGGAAGAAAAAGCAGAAUUGCGUGAUCGCCUUAACACUCUGGCUGAGCGUCUUAAAUAUGUUGAAUUCGGAGCAAUGACAACAGAACAAUUCCAUCGUCAAUUGGAGUCAAAACUGAAUUUGGUUGUCGAGAAAUUUAAAACCGAAGCAAUGCACUCUGAUUUUGAAUGGAUGGGGAAUGAAAAUGUACAAUAUGCUAUACGUAAUUUUGAACAGAUGGCCAAAGUUAUUCUUCGAGAUGAACCUCAACUUGGAUAUUUAGUUGAACGAAUUUUAAAUGCAAUGAUUGGAAAACCAGACUCAUCGGACGUUAACAAGAAAUGCAGCGUAGAAUCGAAAGCGUUCGAGGAUUUUAAAACAACAAUGAGCGCAGAAAUUAAGUUAUUGAUAGAAGGACUUUAUGCCAAGCAAACUGAAGAACUUAAUAAAAAUGCAAACAAACUUGUGAGCUCCAUGGAAAAUGUUGAGCAGAAAGUUGAUGAAGGUGUAGUGAAACGGAUGCAUGAAUUAUACAAUUUAGUUCUUGGAAUUUACGACAGACAAGAUACCCUACGUGUAAUUGAUCAGAGCAUGGAUAUCAAAAUAGAAGAUCUUUUCCGUCUAUUUAGGACGAUCAAAGGUCAACUCGAUGUGAGAAAUGAAUCUGAUCGGAACGCUGAAGCUGCAAAUAUUUCUGAACAGAAACAUAAUUUAAAUGCGGUAUUAGCAUAUGUGGAGCAGCUUGGUGGUGAUCAGCUGGAACUUAAAGCUAGAGUACAAAACAUAGAACAACAUUGUGCCAAGCUUACAAAAGAUAUGUAUAACAAUCCUAUAACACCAGGGUCAUCUUAUUCUAUAGCCAAGGAAUUGCAGGAAACUGGAACACUUCAGGAUACACCAAAUUUUACACAGGAUUUGGAUAAGGAAAGUGAGAAUCGUGAUGAAGCAACAAAUGAAGCUGAAAAAGGUAAAUAA